AUGGCUGAGAAACUCUACAAAGCAAUUAAGGCUAUGUCGAUUGAAGAUGAUGAAGUUCCUCUCACACUUCCCGACGAGCCUAGGUUUCGUGUUUUUGAUGAAAACGAGAUUAGUAUUUUGGGUCGGUUGUUAAACCCGGAAUGUCAAUCUAUGUCUCGAAUGAUUGAGUAUAUGCCAACGGCAUGGAGGGUUUAUGGUCGUGUUCGAGGGAUCGCUCUCUCAAGAGAUAGGUUCCAGUUUGUAUUUGAGAGAGAAGAAGAUCUGCAAACGGUUCUUAAUGAUCGUCCUUGGUCCUACAAUCACUGGGUGAUGGCUUUAGAGAAAUGGACAGCUAACCCUCCCGAAGAUUUCCUCAAGACAAUGGAUAUAUGGAUACGAAUCAGGCAUAUUCCGGUGAACUUCUUCACAACGGAUACUAUGUUUCGUCUCGCUUCUGAGGUGGGUACAGUGGAUACAAUUGCCUAUGAUCCGAAGGUAUCGCAUACUAAGGAUUAUAUUAGAGCUAGAGUCUGUUUCAACUUGGACAAUCCGGCUAAAGCUACUAGGAAGCUGGAUCUUAAGUCUGGUGGAACAGUGACCAUUGAAUUCGAGUACGAAAAGAUCCACAAACGAUGCUUUCAUUGUCUUCGUCUCACGCAUGAGAAGAUAAGGUGUCCUCUACUUCGUGGAAGGAAUUCUAAAGACAAGCAGAUAGCAGAGCCAAGUGAUCACCAGCCGAACCUCGCUGUGCCUCCUCCGAAACCUAUGCUGAUAACAGAAGGUCCUCCUGGGUUCCCUCCUCUGUUUCCUGAGCUCUCGAAGCAAGAUCUAAAAAUGGCUAUGUUGUAUAUCUCUCAUGCUGAUGAGACGGAACGCAGAGCUAGGAUUGAAAGGGUCAGGCAAGGUAUUGCUGAUAGUGCUGCAGAGGCUUCAGUAAGAUUAACAAAGAUCACUAAUGAGUUGGAUAAAGGAAAGGGCCAUGUCUACUCUUACAUGGAGAACACGGUGGCAGUGCAUAACCAGGGUUCAUCUCGGUUCAAUGUUCUUUCUGACAGGCAGUUACCUUCUCAGAGUGAUGAUGAAGCUGAUUCUUCAGCAACAAAUACGUCUUCUGCUUCUGCUUCACAAGUGUUUCCCACGGGUUUUCAGCUUGGCCCUUCUUCGGGAGGGCGAGUCUCCGGGAACAUAAAUGGAAGCAAAACGCAGAGGAAGAGGCCUCCUUCAUGGAAGAGGAAAGCCAGAGCCAACAGCUCCGAAGGAUCUCCGCUGUCUCCUUCUCAACCCUCCAGCCAGGCAAAGAGAAAAUCAUCCCCUCCUCCAACCUCCACAGAGAACAAAACCGCAAGAACUACAGACACUACGGUGGCUUCCGUAUUGAAGCCGCUGCCUCCCCAAUGA